AAAAAAAAUUACGGUGCUUUUCCCUCCUCCGCCACCGUUCCUUCUUCCGCCACCGCCCAUCUCCUUCUUCUUCCGCCACCGUCCAUCUCCUUCUUCUUCCUCUAGCACCUCAUCCUUCCAAGUUCCAAACAUAAGAUUCGUUCUUAGAAUUCAAUCCAAUUCCCUGCCCUAAUAGUUUCCAAUCAAGUCGCCCAAAAGAACUAUCCCUAAUCCCGCAUCCUCUCUCUCGCAAGUGCAUCUCAAUCUAUCAGGAUAAACGUGGCAAGCACCAAAUUGUAGAGGAUGACACCCGCCUUUGCCUAAACAUCAUAGGGAAGAAGAAUAAGAAGCUCUGAUUCGAUUUCUACAUGGAGGUUGGGUUGCGGGUACUUCUUUGUCCUAUUGGAUCUAAUGUUGUCCUCCGAACAGCAAGUUGUUCAGUGGGUGUUAUUCUACCUGUUUAUUCUACAUUUAAAGCAAUUGAACGAAGAGAUCAAGACGAGCAACAAAAUGGCUUAUGUACUGGGCAGCUUAUGGAUCUUUUAGCAUGGUAGAAUUGUUCACGGACAAGCUUCUCCACUGGUUUCCACUAUACUAUCAUGUGAAGUUUGCAUUUCUUGUUUGGCUUCAACUUCCAUGUAUUGAUGGUGCAAAGAUGCUGUAUAUGAAUCAUCUUAGGCCAUUUCUCUUAGAGCAUCAGACUAGGCUUGACCAAAUUAUUGGGUUUUUGUAUGGUGAAAUGUCUAGGUUUGUCUGUCUUCAUCAGGAAGAAUUCCAAUUUGUGAAGACAAUGCUAAUGAAGGUUUGGGUGUCUGGUACCAGUUCCAUACGACCGGGACAAGGGCAAGCAAGUGGCGUGAUUGAAGGGCGAAAUGGGGAGGCAAAUGGGCAAGCAAGUGGCGCGAUUGAAGGGCAAAAUGGGGAGGCAAAUUCAGAGUCUGGUGAUGAUUGAGUGAUGACUAAUAAGCUUUUAGUGGAUGGUUGCAGUUUCUGAGCUGAACUGAGGACUGGUUUUUUUCUGAGUGCUGAGAAGAGCCUUCAUUUUUUCUAGAAUGUAUUUCUAAUAUAGUACUUUUUAUCUCUUUAGUUUUUAGUUAGUCAUGAAUCCUGGUGUUUUUUCAUGUAUAUUUUCCCUUCACACAACUCAAAAAGUGAUAAUGACGCAUAAACGCUAAUUGAUGAUAACAGGGGCUUACCAUUAUAAUUGCUUAACCGAGCAGUUCCGGACAACAUUUUGGGUGAAGUUUUUUUGCCGCUAGCUGGUUCGUCUUUGUUCUUCAUGGCUCCAACGGGUUUUUUUGUAUAUGUGAAAGACAAAUGCAUUGUUAUAGACAAUAUUGACUUGGACAUGUAUUUUACAAAGGAUUUGUAUUCGGAUGUCAUUGCAAAAGCUAAAGAACAGUAUGUGAGUCUUCCCAGGUUCAUUGGUUUUCAGUUUCAUACACCCUUUAAAGAAAUUCAGAGAGAGUCAUUAAUUUCUGAUUCGGAUUGGGUUAAGAUGAUUGAUCAUUGGAUUGAUACCCCUUCUACUUACAUCCCCUUAUACAUAGUUGAAUUACAAGACCCUAAUAUAUUACAAACUAUGGCUGAGUGUAUUGAUUUCAAUGCCCAAACUGGUAAUGGGGCUGGCAUGAGUGAAGUUGAUGAAUGGGCUGACAAUUUGCUUGUAACUCCAAUUGAAAAUAGUAAUAACACUCCAAAUUCUGAAGGUAGGACUUGUAAGAGGACUAAGUUAGUUGUUAGAAGAGAAUCAAUUAAGUCUUUUGAG